GUUCGCUACUGUUCGCUGCUGCUGCUUGCUUGCUUGCUCGCUCGUUUCUGGUUGUAUGCAGAAUAUAUUUUCCAUACCAAGCCUGGACUUCUCCUUCUAGUUAGCGGGGCUGGGACGUGUCAAUAGUUAGAUUACUGGUCUUUGGUCAUUGAGUAUUGUUCUCGUUCGCAGUCUAAGUGAACCCGUGAAGCUUCAAACUUACAAUUUGGCGACGGUGAUUGCGGAAAUAUGGAUCCAUCUAAACUUGAAUUAUUACUCGAGCAGCAGAUGAAACUUAUUCAAAUGUUAGCAGAUGCAAAGCUUACAUCUAAUUCUCAACCAAGCAGUUCUAAUCCUAUUACUACUGCACCGUCAGUUGAUGGUAUUGCUAACAGUAUCUCCGAGUUUCAUUACGAUCCAGAAUCCAAUGUCACGUUUGAUAUGUGGUUUCGACGUUACGAAGACUUAUUCAAAUUUGACUUUGCCAACCAGGAUGAUGCUUGGAAGGUCCGCUUGCUGCUUCGAAAGUUGGGUCCUAGUGAACUAGACAAGUAUUGCAAUCUAAUUCUGCCUUUAAACCCACGCGAUCGUUCAUUCUCCGACACUGUCCAGUCAUUGAGCCAACAAUUCGGAGACAACUCCUCACUAUUCAAUGCGCGCUAUCGAUGUUUGAAGCUCACUAUGAACGAAGAUGAUGAUUUUCUCACACAUGUGGGUAUUGUCAACCGAGAAUGUGAACGUUUCCGAUUGAAGUCGCUUACUGAAGAUCAAUUUAAAGCACUCAUUCUCAUCUGCAGCCUUCAAUCGCAGAAGUUCAGUGACAUUAGAACACGUUUGCUAAGUCGAUUGGACCAAGACCCAAAACUAACUCUUAAUGAUAUUGCAAAUGAAUAUCAACGUCUAAUCAAUCUAUAGCGUGAUACUACAAUGGUCCAGCGUGGUGGUUCAAAUCGUACCGAAGUUCAUGUAGUCCAACAACCACUCAACUCGCAUAAAUCUGCCCCAGCUACAUCUAGUUCAGGUCGACAGACAAAAACAAAUCCUCCUGCUCCAUGCUGGCACUGCGGUGCAUGGCAUUUUGUUCGAUACUGUCCAUAUAAGCAACAUCGGUGCAGGAAAUGUAAUGUGGUGGGUCAUAAAGAUGGUUUUUGUCGAAAAAAGAAGCCGAGCAACUCCAGAGGUACCAGAAAACCUACGCCUAGAUCCAACACGAAUUCGUUGAGUCUAAUAGCAAGCUGUGAGAACUCAACCCCAGUUGAGAGGAAAUUUAUUACCCUUAAUAUUAAUGGGCACCCGCUUAGAUCGCAAAUAGACACUGCAUCUGAUGUAACGAUUCUCUCACGAAAAUUUUGGAUCAGAAUGGGAAGGCCACGCCUGGUGCCGACAACACAAAAACCGCGAACCGCAUGUGGUAAUUAUCUACGUUUGUUGGGACAACUAGAUUGUAAAGUGUCUUUUCAUGAUUCGACGUUUACCGGGUUAUGUUACAUCACACCAGCUAAUCUUAAUCUACUUGGGUUAGACUGGUAUGACCAGCUACAUUUAGCUGACGUUCCGUUAAGCACCGUAUGCCAUCUGGUUGAACAACCUCAUGAACCUGAAGCAUAUUCGAAAGAACCAAUGACGGAGUUUUCGACCAGCGAACAUCAUACGGCCGGCGAAGAUGCAGUUAUUGCCUCCCUAUUGACAGAGGACCGCGCACAGUGUCAGCAAGCAGCCAAGUGUAACGCGAAAAUACUGCCGGUCCCAUGGCCACAGCCUGAGUAUCCCUGGUCCAGGAUACAUGUCGAUUUCGCAGGUCCAAUUAAUGGAAUUACCUAUCUAGUCGUUGUUGACGCCUUUUCGAAAUGGCCAGAAAUCGUUCCCGUCAUACCACCAACGACAACUCAAACGAUACAACUUUUGACAGAGAUGUUCUCUCGCAACGGAUUACCGGAUAUAAUUGUUUCCGAUAAUGGUUCGCAAUUCACUUCAAGUCAAUUUCAAGAAUUUUGCAAACGCCUAUCGAUCAAGCAUUUCCGCUCUCCACCUUAUCACCCACAGUCAAAUGGACAAGCAGAAAGAUUUGUAGAUACAUUCAAGAGAGCUCUAAUGAAGUCGAAAGGGGAGGGGACGACAGUAGAAACACUGCAGAAUUUCUUGUUUGUUUACCGAACAACACCUAAUGAUAUGCUACCACAGCAGAAGUCCCCGGCAGAGAUCCUGAUGGGAAGGAAAUUGAGGACGAUCCACAGUCUCAUGUGCCCAAGAACCACACCACCACCAUCCCAUACCAAAUCUCAGAAGCUUCCAGCGUACGAGGUUGGAUGCCCUGUGUUCGCUCGAGACUACAGAGCAAAUCAUGGUCCUUGGAUCGAAGCACGUGUGGUUGGAAGACUAGGUCAAGUUAUGUACGAGGUAAAGGUGGGAAGAGACACGUGGACUAGACACCGAAACCAACUACGUAAGCGGAUUGCCCCAGACCACCCAUCAAAUGGAGUAAAUCUUCCCCUCGACAUCUUGCUUGAUACUUUCAACUUACCUGCAGCCCCAUCACAAGAAGCUCGACAGCAAGCUGAUCCCCGUCCCAGAAGGUGGCCUCUCCGUCAGCGGCGAACUACAGUCAAAAUGCAAGUCGACCCCAGAAAAGCACGCUAUUAAAAAGGGGAGGAGUGUUGGGACGGUAUAUUCCCAAAAUUCAUAUUUGUAAUUUUAUCAUAUCGAUUGACUCAUCGAUUAAAUAUUUGGAAGGAAGUCACAUGAUGAACUUAUCGACUAAAUAUUCGAAUGCCUGUCGAGUGAUGAACUGAAUGAGUCAUGUUUAAAAAUAACAUUUAAUAUGACAAUAUCGAUUUUAUAUAUUUAUAUAUAUACGUUUAAUUUGGGUCUGUUCGUUCGCUACUGUUCGCUGCUGCUGCUUGCUUGCUUGCUCGCUCGUUUCUGGUUGUAUGCAGAAUAUAUUUUCCAUACCAAGCCUGGACUUCUCCUUCUAGUUAGCGGGGCUGGGACGCGUCAAUAGUUAGAUUACUGGUCUUUGGUCAUUGAGUAUUGUUCUCGUUCGCA